CUUCCAUAGGCAGCACCCUGUUCAGCAGCACCUUGUUCAGCAGAGGGCCACCAUCCAAACUGACUGUAAUAAUCCUGACUACUACAGAUGGCUACUACUUUUCUGUUGCGUGGAACUGAGAACUGAUGACGAUAUGUGCCCGACUGAAGGAGACGUACCCCAAAUUUCAAGAAAUAAAGGGGGGUUGGCUUCUCUAUAAAUCUUCAGGAGGAUGGGGCUCCCGGAAGCUCACUCUUAUUCCACCGGAUGAAAGUAGGUACAAUGCCAAGAAUUUGAAGACGGCAACAAAUGGAUUUAAAGGAGUUCUUUACAUUGCUCCGCUACAAAUAGAACUUGACACCACUGCUCUGCCACCUGAAUCUGAAUCUUUUAAUGAAAUGCCAAAAGAGAAAUGCCAGAGAUGUGGAGUCAGUUAUCCACUACUGAUUCUGACUACACACAUAAAUACCUGUGUGAACAGUGAGGAUGCUGAACAGACAAAUGAUGAUGCUGACCAGACCAGUGAUGAAGCUGAACAAACCAAACAAGCAACUUGCCCCAUAUGUCAAAAAGAAAUGUCUCUCGAUGUAAUAGAGAUUCACGCAAGUUUUUGCAUGGGUGACAGUAUACAACCUCUGGAAUUAAAUGUGUCUAUGGAAGAACCAUCUACAUCUGGAGUUUACGUGCCGUUGACGUAUACCGCUGAACCUUCAAAUGCAGCUAAAGCCACAAGCAUGAGUCAUGAUUGGAAAAUUGAACCAGAUAAAAAUAAAGCAGCAUCCUUAUACACUAAGGAAAUAAUUCGCCAACAUGAGACUGGAAAAUCCCUCUUGAUGACCAUGGAUGUGAGAAUGGACAAGGAAGAUCAAGACAGAGAACUUGUUGCAUUCUACAAACAAAACGGCAUAGAAUGGGCAUGCCCUGUGAAGUGCAAACUCCAAGGGGAUGCUGCCAUUGGUGAAGGUGUGACUAGACACUUCUUUUCAACUGUUAUACAGAGGCUUCAGCAUGGUUUCAAUUUUAACAUGGGAAAUACUGCAAGGACCUGUCUCUUUGAAGGUGAACCAGGCCAUCUUGUUCCAUCAUCUUCACAAUUUCUCAUAGAGAGUGAUCUGUUCCUAGUUGCAGGACGCAUGAUUGGACCUGCAUUCCUACAUGGUGGACCUCGGCUGGCUGGAGUCAGCCAAGCAAUAGUCCAUGUACUUCUAGGUGGUUCAGCGCUGAGACUGCUACAGUGCAAAUCGAAGACUGUCCUGACCAUGAUAUUCGUGAAACCAUUUAACACUGAUAAGUACAUUGGUAGUAUAAUCAGUAAUUUAAACAAUUCAUAA